AUGUUCCUGGUGGAGGAAAUAGCAUAUGAGACGCUAGACCAUGAGAGAGAACUGGCAGCCAUACGGGCGGCGGCGGCGGCGGCGGCGGCCGCUGGGCAUGUUGCAGGAGCCCCGGAGGCCAAGGAGCGUUCGGAAGUUGAUUCAGACUCCGACCAGGAGACGGAAGGCAUCCAUGGGCCUGGAGAACUGGUCAAGGACACCCUCUACCUGAGGUCUUGCCAGGCCCAUAGAGUUGUGCCCGCCUCCUGCUUUCUGCGCCAAGGGAGCGCCCCAGAGCUGAACCUGCGGCACCGUGGCCUGGGGCCCCAGGGUGCCCGGGCUCUGGCUUUCGCACUGAACUCCAAUCCCUAUGUCAAGCGGCUGGACCUUCGAGACAAUGGGCUCUGUGGGGCCGGUGCAGAGGCCCUGGCAGGUGCCCUAAGCAAAAGCAGCAGCAUUUGUGAUGUGGACCUGUCGGAGAACCAGCUGGGAGCAGUGGGAGCCCAGGCUGUCUGUGCUGCCCUCAUGGUGAACCCAACCAUGCAGAAGAUACAGCUGGCAGGAAAUGGCCUAGACGAGCAGGCAGCCCCAUACCUUGCUGAACUCCUGCUGGCCCACACAGGCCUGAAAUCCCUGGACUUGAGCUAUAACCAGCUGAAUGACCAAGCAGGGGAGAUGCUUGGACCAGCCCUGGCAGAAAAUACUGGACUCACCGAGCUUAAUAUAAACUGGAAUCACCUUCGAGGACCAGGAGCUGUAGCCUUUGCCAGGGCACUGGAGGCAAACAUCUUCCUGAGAGUCCUGGACAUCUCAUACAAUGGCUUUGGAGAUCCUGGAGCAUCUGCAGUGGGCGAGGCACUUAAGACCAACAAUGUGUUAGAAGAGCUCAACAUGAGCAACAACCGCAUCUCUGCAGUGGGAGCCCUGAGCCUGGGCCUGGGCCUCCGGGUCAACCAGACACUGAGGAUUCUUGUUAUGUCCAGGAAUCCCAUGCGAGGUGAAGGCUGCUUUGGAGUUCUAAAGUCUGUCCGGGAUAAUCCAGGGUCCGCCCUGGAACUGCUGGAUUUCUCUGAUAUCCAAGUGGACAGAGAGUUUGAUGACCUCGCUAUCUCAGUGAAGGUAAUUCUUCCAGCACUCCAUAUAAAGACUGCUGCCCACAGAGUGGAGUAAAAAGACUUGCCUCCAGUCUACACCCCGUCCCUACUGGCGUCUGUCCCUAAGUGACUGCGGUAUGUGGCUUCCUCUCACAUUGGCCACUUCAACUUCAAUAUGGAGAGUUCUUGGCCUCAUGAUGCUUUAUUACCACUUGAGUCUGCAGUGAGUCCCAUGUCAGCUGGGUGGUAAGUCCUGUGGAGCCUGUCUUCAUGAUGACUCAGACAAUCGUACCCUCCUCUCCAUCCCAUGGCCUCUGUUAAUGCAGAGUGUGGGCCUUCCUUUGCUCACACUAAUUUCCGUAACAUGAACUUGUGCUGUGUGCUACAUGUUGAGCUGGGUAUGGGGUCAAAGAUCUCCAAAGUUCCUGCCUUGCUGACUUCAAGAGACCAUGAAAAUAUAAGGUGGUGUGUGACUGGCAUUCCCAAACUCAACUUGCCAGAGCGCAAACUGACACAACGUUUUUGGAAGGUUUUAUGUACCAAGAGCCUUAAAACUGCCUAUGUCCUUUGAUUCAAUGGUCUGACUAAUCUGCUCUUCAGAAAUAACCAGAGAUGCAUAAAAAUAUUGAUGCCCGGGGUGCCUGAGUGGCUCAGUAGGUUCAUGCGUUUGAGCCCCGCAUCGGGCUCUGUGCUAAAAGCUCAGAGCCUGGAGCCUGCUUCAGAUUGUGUCCCCCUCCCUCUCUGCUCCUCCCUCACUCGUGCUCUCCCUCUCUCUCUCUCUCUCUCUCUCUCUCUCUCACACACACACAAAAGUAAAUAAAUAUUUUUAAAUGUUUCACAAAAAAAUAUUGAUGCCCAAAAAUGCUCACUGAAAGGCUGUUUAUAAUAUGAAAAUUGGAAAUAAUCUAGAUGCCCAAUAACAGGGGACUGAUUAACUAAGAAUUGGAACUCUGCAAUCAUUAAAAGCCAAGCGUUCAAAAAACAUUGAACACGUUAACAGUUUAUGAAAAAGCACAUGGUUAAUGUUAAGUGAGAAAAUCAGGAUUGAAAAAAAAUCACAUGGUUUGUCUGGCAGUUCCUUAAAAAGUUGAACCUGUAGUUUAUCACAGACCCAGCAAUUCGUGUCAUAGAGAAAUGAAAACAUGUGUUCACAGCAGCUUUGUUCAUAAUAUCCACAAAGUACAAAUGUCCACCAACUGAUGAAUGGGUAAAUAAAAUAUGGUAUAGGGGCACCUGGGUGGCUCAGUCAGGUGAGCAACUGGCUUUUGAUUUCGGCUUAGGUCAUGAGCUCACGAACCUUGGGAUGGAGCCCUGCAUCAGGCUCUGUGCUGUGCGUUGGUGGAGCAGAGCCUGCCUCGGAGUCUCUCUCUCCCUCUCUCCCUUGCUCUUUCUUUCUCUCAAAAUGAAUAAAAUAAACAUUAAAAAAUAAAAUAAAAAUGGUAUGCCCAUACAAUGGAAUAUUAUUUGGCUGUAAAAAGAAAUGAAAUUUGAGGUGAUGAUAGCAUUCUAAACUUGCUUGUGGUAAUGGCUGCACAACUCUGUGAAUAUACCAAAAGUAAUUGGACAUUUUAAACAGGUGAAUUGUAGAGUAUGUGAACUGUAUCUCAAUAAAGCUGUUUACAAGAAACAGGAGUGAAGGAUCAUGCUACCACAGGAAUGUAUCAUGUAACAGGAGGAAUGUGUCAUGCUACAACAUGAAUGAACCUUGAAAACAUGAUGCUGUGAAAGAAGCCAUUCACAAAAGACCACAUAUUGUAUGAUUCCGUUUAUAGGAAAUGUCCAGAAUAGGUAAAUCUACCAAGACAGAAAGUAGAUUAGAAGUUGCCUAGGGCUGGGGCGCCUGUGUGGCUCAGUGGGUCGAACAUGUAACUCUUGAUUUCAGCUGAUUGUGAUCCCAGGGGAUUGAGUCCUGUGUCCUGUGUCUCCAUGCUGAGCAUGGAGGCUUCUUGGGAUUCUCUCACUCACUUGCUCUGCUCCUGCUCUCUCUCUCUCUCACUCUCUCUCUCUUGCUCUAAAAUAAAAUUUAAAAGAAGUUGCCUAGGGCUAGGGAGAUGGGAGGGACUGGAGGUUGGUAGCGAAAGAGCGUGGGUUUUUUUGGAGAUGAUAAAAAUGUUCUAAAAUGGAUUGUGAUGGGGCGCCUGGGUGGCUCAGUCGGUUAUGCGUCCAACUCUUGAUUUUGGCUCAGGUCCUGAUCUCACGGUUUGUGGGUUUGAGCCCUGCUUCAGGCUCCCCGCUUACAGUGUGAAGCCUGCUUGUGAUUCUCUCUCUCUCUCUCUCUCUCUCUCUCCACCCCUCCACCACUCACGCUGUAAAUAAAUAAAUAAAUAAAUAAAUAAAUAAAUAAACUUAAACAAAUAAGUCACCUUCUCUAACUUUUCAAAUGGAUUGUGGUGAUGGUUGCACAACUCUGUGAAUAUACUGCAAACCACUGGAUUGUACACCACUUUAAGUGGGUGAGUUGUGGGGCACCUGGCUGGCUCAGUUGGUAGAGCAUGUGAUUUGAUUUCAGGGUUGUGGGUUUGAGCCCCACAUUGGGUGUAGAGAUUACUUACAAACAAAAAACAUAUUUUUAAAAAAAUGAGUGAAUUGUAUGGUAUGUGGAUUAUAUCUCAAGAAAGUUGUUACUAAAACAAAAAAUCAUAUUGUUGGAUCCAAUUUUGUAAAACCCAUGUAUAAGUAUAUACACAGGGGAAAAAGAAACUAAGAACACCUUGACAUAUUAAUAGUGUUUAGCUAUAAGUUGUGGGUUUGGAGAUGAUUUUUAUUUUCCUUAUGUUAUUCUUCAUUUCCUACACUUUCUACUCUGAAUAUGUGUCACUUUUAAAACCAGAAAAAAUAAAUAGUACUUUAAAAUGUGA